AUUGAUUUAUCAGAAUUCAUGUCUUUGUGCUUGAUUAUAUGUGUUUUUUCAUGUGUGAUUUAGCUAUAUGAGUUUGAAUUCUUGAUGGGUUCUCAGGAAAUCGUAUGUUUUGGCUCUCUAAUGUUUUUUUUUUUUUUUUUUGGUUGUUGAUUUUAAUGUUGGGUUUUGAUGAACAUGUGUGAUGUUUGGUGAAUUGUCUCCUAAAAAAAGCUCCAAUUGUUUCCAGUGAAUUUUUGAGGCAUUGGGAAUAAGGUCAGAGAUAUUUUUGUUGUUUGUCUUCAUGAAUUUUGUGUUGUUUGUUUUCAUGACCGUUUGGCCUCGAAUCUAAUUGGAUCAACAGGGAAAACAAAAACCCUCUCACCCACAAGAAUGUAGUACAAAACCCGGGUGAAAUAAAUGAUUAAUUCAUCAAAGCCACUAUGUUAUAUCAAAAAUGUUAUAUAAGAUUGUCAGUUGCUAGUGAUUAAUUCAUCUUGAUGAUGGUGUUUGGCUUUUCCUUGUUGACAGAAUUCGGGUCAAUGUUGUUUUGUAAUUACUAUCUACAAUAAAUUGACACGUGAGAAUUUCGACUGAUGGAUUCCCUGAUCUUAAGUUUGUGUCAAUUUCCAAAAAAAAAUAAUUUAACAAGCUACAGAGGUUGUUUUUUUGGGAGGGAUUCAGGGGUGAACAUUAUGGUGCUUUCACAUUCAACUUCUUAAAUUUGUCUGACAACUUGUGGAAAAGGUAAUGGGGUAAAAAGAGGUUAAACAAUACAGUGGCCUUUUUUUAAUAAAUUAUUUUACCACUUUGUGGUAUUGUUAAAGUAAAGUCUUAUUCUACCACUGUGUGGUACUUUUGUUUUAUAUUCCAAAGUGCUAGUUGAGUAAGCAUCAUGAGUGAUUUCCAAGUUUAAGCAUAGGAUUCAACAUUUUGUCAAGUGGCAUAUUCUCAAACAGGAAUAUUGCAUUCAGUUAUUGCUUUAGAUGGAUUCCUUGCUCAGGGAACAUAAUGUUGUUUGCUGUAAACUGCUUUCUAUUUUGUUACACCAAGGUGCCCCUCCUGACGAUUCUUGAAGUGAGAUUAAUCCUUAUGGAUCCAUGUAAUCACUAAAUGAUGCGCAUCAGGUAAUUCCAGGAGAAAUUGAACCUGAGACCUCCAAUUCCUGUGAUGGAUGCCUCAGCCAACCCGGACCUAUGUUUGAUUUAUUCCCUAUAAAACUAGUAGUGUCUGUCAAAAUAACAGUCAAGUCAACUUUGCAAAUAAAUUAUGUUCAAAUGAUGUAAUUUUUUUUUUCCCCCGAAUUUUCAUUGUUUGUUUGAUUGUAGCUGAAAAGUACAAGAGUCAUUUAAAAAGAAUGCCUCCAAUGCUUUUUAUUGCCUCAAGUAUUUGUGAUCAUCAGGUUCAGAUGAUGUUAUUAGUCAACCUGGUGAAAAGGGUGCAUGAAAUUUACCCUAAACAUAAGUCUUGGGAAGACAUUUUAUCUGAUGAACAUAUGCAAGAGAGUGGCACGGCUUAGUCACUAUAUAAACAAUAGGGAAGCAGUUCAGCAAGGGAUGUAAUUCUCAUUUUGCAAUUCUAAGAACCCUUGUAGGUGAAGACUUACUCAGCAAUGGUUUACCACAACUAUGCCUAAUUAAAGAUGCCUAAAAAAAAAAAUAUUCUCAUCCAUGAUAAGUAGCAAUUGGAAAGGCCCACUACCAAAGAUAAAAUGGAAGGUCAUAGUCAAAUACCACUGAGAUUUUGUUUAAAAAGGUGGUAGUAUAGCAAGGAUGAAGGUGCAAAUUUUCAUGCACGGUGGUUUAGAUGUUUAUAAUUUGUAAAUCAAUCCAAGUGACGUACUUUUUGCAUUUUUCUCAAAAAUUGGUACGUAUGGGAUUGUUAGGGUUUGUCAAACAAACUUCUGGUGAGAGGUUGUCACAAUGUGAUAGCAAGAUCAUCACCCAUCAAAUAAGCUAGGCUUUGAAGUGAAGCCUUGACUUGAUUUCCUCACAAGUAGACUCUGAACUACCCAAUCUCAGCUUAUUUAAAUUUAAGAACUAAUUGUAUUCAUAUACACACUAUGAAAUUCAGAUUAUAGUUUCAUUUGGUUCCUUUACCUCUUCUAUAGCUGAUAGACAAAACAGCUUCUUGUGAUCUCCUUGAGAUCGAAACAUUAGUCAAUUUGUCCCAUAGGGAGGCCAAUUUCAAGCUUAGCAAGGGAUUACUCUGUGCGCAUGUUGGGAUUGGCUAGGUUGAUGAACAGUUGAGAUAUGCAUCAAAUGGUGUUAGAGACAACCGUAUCACUCUAUGUCCUUAUGUGUUCGCACGCAUCAGCUGCAGACGAUGUCCAAGAUGGAUGUAUAAGAAGGCACAUGGCACUUCUAACUUGGAGGUGCCUUUUGGGUUGGAGCCCAAAGGGACACCGACUGUUGGGCUGGGCCAUAUUGGACUAUAUUUCCUGGUGGGAGCUGGGCAGAGCAUCUAACAUAUCGAUCAAAAUAUCACAGCCUUUCUUUGUGACUACAUGUUGUCUGGCAAGAGAGGCUUUGGACUUACUUCGUGAAAGAAAAGAUGGAUUUGACAUCGUAAUCAGUGAUGUCAACAUGCCUGACAUGGAUGGGUUCAAGCUUCUUGAGCAUGUUGGUCUUGAGAUGGAUCUUCCUGUCAUCAUGAUGUCCGUUGAUGGGGAAACAAGCAGAGUAAUGAGAGGUGUCCAACAUGGGGCAUGCGAUUAUCUUCUCAAGCCUAUAAGAAUGAAAGAACUACGUAAUAUAUGGCAACAUGUCUUUAGAAAGAGGAUACAUGAAGUAAGAGAUAUUGAAGGUCAUGAAGGCUAUGAAGAAACUCAGAUGAUGAGACAUGGAUCAGACCAAUCUGAUGAUGGGCAGUUGUUCGGUGGAGGCGACCUGACUUCAGGAAAGAAAAGAAAAGAUGCUGAAAACAGGCAUGACGACAGAGACUGUGUUGAUCCUUCUUCAGUGAAGAAAGCUAGAGUAGUUUGGACUGUAGAUCUGCAUCAGAAAUUUGUCAAAGCUGUAAAUCAGAUUGGAUUCGAUAAAGUUGGUCCUAAAAAAAUUCUUGACUUGAUGAACGUACCAUGGUUGACAAGAGAAAAUGUUGCUAGCCACUUGCAGAAGUACCGCCUCUACUUGAGUAGGUUACAGAAGGAAAACGAGCUAAAGGCUUCGUUUGGUGGGGUAAAGCAAUCGGAUUCAUCUUCAAGAGACACUGCUGCAAGUCUUGGCCUUCAGAAUUCGAUCAAUAGGCAACAAAGUGAUGCUGCUAGUGGGAUCUAUGGAAUAUCUAGCAAUAAGACUCUUGUCCAGAAUGUCGAUCCCAAAAUCCACGAAGGUGAUCUGAAAGGUAUUGUUUCAUUGCCAAUGGCAGAACCCAAGAAAGGUCCGGUUCAUGAUAUUCCCAAUCUUCCAAAGACCAGUGGUUCAAAGAUGGGCCUCAAUCAUUCGUUUGGAUCACUGGAGCCAGAUGUGAAGUAUACAAUGUAUGAUUCAACCGUCCCAAAACAGUACUCUUGGAGUGAAGUUUCAGAAAUUCAAUUCAAACAAGAACAUAAGCCACGUCAUCAGUUAGGGAAUGGCUUCAAUCGUCUCUCACUACCUGGUCUCCAGCAUCAUGUCCAGGUUGAUUGCCUUCAACCUGCACCAUCGGUUAGUCCCAGACCUUUCAACAAAGAGAGUAAGAAACCAGCAUGCAUUGAAAUGAAGACUUCCCAUGCCAAUUGCAGAAGCCCGCAAAUAAGACAAGUAGCUCCAAUAGGAAGUGCAACUAACUUGUGUCCUGUUCAAUCUGAGAGCCACCUGGCAAGUUUUCAUGCUUCUGAGCCAAUUCUCAGUACUGCAUCGAGCAUGAAGAAUAAUGGGUUAAGCCAGAUUUUCACAAAUGAUCUGGAACCCAACCAAAGAAACCUAGUUUUGGGAAGAAGUGUAGGUUUUGCAUCUUCGGAUGAGGAUUUUCUCACUUGUUUGCUUCCAGGUGACCGUUAUACAACAAAUGUUGGACUUGAGGACAAUGAAUCUUUUAAUCACAACUGCACAGAGCUCUUUGCUGAAACUCCGGCAUUCUUGUAUGAUGCACAGAGGUUUGAAUAUGAGUAUUCUAGUGAAUCGGUGGAAUAUCCUGUCAUAGAUCAAGGCCUAUUUAUUGUCUGAUUGAUCCAUUGGAGCUUUUGCUUGUUAGACAUCUUCAUCUUUCUUCCAUUGAACUGAUAUAUGAUAUUCACUAUCAAUUUGGGCAAUUGAUGUCGAAAAACAUGAAAUAGGUUUAUGGAAAAUAUUAAGCACAAUUAGCAAGCUUCUUGGAGUAAUUUUAGAAUAGAUGAGACAUCAGUAUUGUGUGUUAUAUCUCUGUAUUUAUGUAUGUAUGUAUGUAUGUAUGUGUGCACAUAACAAUCCUUGAAAAUUUUGUAAAAAAGAAGUUUGUUAGUUGCAAAGUAA